GGGGGGGAGGGGGGGGGGCUCGGGUCACGUGACCCCGCCCAGGUGUGCCCAGGUGUCCCACGGGUGUGUCACGUGCCCGCCGCGUGUCCCCCCCCCCCUCAUCCCGCCACGUGUCACAUGACCGCCGUGACCUUCCCAAGGCGCCCCGCAGGUGUGGCCCGGGUGUGGCCAGGUGUGCCCAGGUGUGCCCCCAUGGCCGCCGCCCGCCUGGGCUGGCCCCUGCCCGGCUCCUCGGUGCUGUUCCUGUGCGACCUCCAGGAGCGGUUCCGCGGCUCCGUCGCCGCCUUCCCUCAGAUCGUGGCCGUGGCCGCGCGGCUGCUCCAGGGCUGCCGGAUUCUGGGGGUGCCCGCGCUGGUGACCGAGCAGCGCCCGGAGGUUUUGGGGCCCACGGUGCCGGAAUUGGGGGCGCAGGACCUGCCCCGGCUCCCCAAAAGCGCCUUCAGCAUGGCGGGGGCGGCCGCGCCCCUCCUGGGGGACCCCAAAAUCCGCUCCGUGCUCCUCUGCGGCGUCGAGGCGCACGCCUGCGUCCUGCCCCCCCAAAGCCCCAAAUUCCCCCCGAUUUCGGGGGUCCCGCAGCAGACGGCGCUGGAGCUGCGGGCGCGGGGGCUGGACGUGCACGUGGCCGCCGACGCCGUCUCCUCGCGCAGCCAGGUGGAGCGCGCCCUCGCCCUCGCCCGCAUGCGCCAGGCCGGCGCUUACCUGAGCACCUGCGAGAGCCUCCUGCUGCUGCUGCUGCGCGACGCCGCCCACCCCAAAUUCCGCCAGAUCCUGCCGCUCAUCAAGGAGCCCCCGCCGGACACGGGGCUGAUCCUGGGGGGGCCCCUGGGGGCGCUGGGGGGGGGCUGAGACCCCCAAAAUCCCCCAAAAUCGGCCCAAAAAUCCUCCUCAGUCUGGUGAGGGUCUGAGCCCCCCAGAUCCCCCCAAAAUCCCCCCAAAAUCGCCUCAAAACCCCCCAAAAAAUUGGUUUGAGUUCCCAAAAUCCCCCCGAAAUCCCCCCAGAAUCCCCCAAAAUCAGCCCAAAAAUCCUCCUCAGUCUGGGGAGGGUCUGAGCCCCCAAGGUUCCCCUAAAAUUGCCCCCAAAAUUCCCCCAAAAUCUCCUCAAAACCCCCCAAACCCCCCAAAAAGUGAACCUCAAAAUUGUCCCCAGUCUGGGGAGGGUCUGAGCUCCCAAAAUCCCCCCAGAAUCUCCUCAAAACCCCCCAAAAUCCCCCCGAAAAUCAUCCCCAAAAUCGUCCCCAGUCUGGGGAGGGUCUGAGCCCCCAAAAUUCCCCAAAAUCCCCCAAAAUUUGGGUCAAUAAACGCUGCCCCUCCCCCCAGA